GGAGCAGUCUGCAUCCACCGGAUACCCGUUAACGGAAAAGCCAAAACCUUAUUUCAUGAUGUCAUCUCUGACAAACAUUAGCAAAUUGAAAUUUGAGUUCCUGACUCCCAAAGCCAUUGUCAGAGGCAUCAAACUACUACAACCACACCAACCAUCCUCGAGCAUCUUCAGGAAAACACAAAUGCAGCAAAGUAAAUGAAGUCGGUGUCGUUAUUUGGGAUCCACUUUUUCCGUGGGAUGGUCAACGACGUGCGGCAGCGACUGCCGUACUAUGUCCCCGACUGGACCACGGACGCGUUGAAUUAUCGGAUUGUGCCCGCGACGAUUUACAUGUAUUUUGCAAAUAUUUUACCUGCUAUUGCAUUUGCUCUUGAUAUGUUUUCGAAAACACAUAAUUCAUACGGCGUUAAUGAGAUUCUUCUCGCUUCUGUUCUUGGUUCAUUGCUUUUUGCUGUCUUUGGCGGGCAACCGCUCUGUAUCGUUGGCGUUACAGGUCCUAUCUCGGUUUUCAAUUAUACAGUAUACGAAAUCAUGGUGCCGAGAGGUACGCCUUACUUUCAGUUCAUGUGCUGGAUUUGUCUGUGGUCGAUGGUCAUGCAUUUUAUAAUCGCAAUCACAAACGCUGUUAAUGGUCUUCGCUACGUUACCCGCUUUAGUUGCGACAUUUUUGGCUUCUACGUCGCGUUCAUUUAUCUUCAGAAAGGAAUACAAGUGCUCACCCGCCAAUUCGAGCGCUCAGACUCGGAAGGCUUCAUAUCGAUCAUGAUUGCGCUUCUAGUGCUUAUUUUCGGCUACCUCUGUCAUAUAAUAGGAAACAACUCCCCUCUCUUCUGGCGUCCGAUCCGGCGGUUUAUCGCAGACUAUGGCACACCUCUCAUCGUCGUCUUCUUCACGGGCUUCAUCCACAUUGGAAAGCUCCGCAACUACGACAUCCAGCGGCUUCCGAUCGGCGCGACCUUUGUGCCUACGGCGGGAAGCACGGCCAGUCGUCCGCACGGCUGGUUUAUACAUUUCUGGCACGAUAUCUCUGUCGGCGACGUCUUUCUUGCGAUCCCGUUCGCGCUGCUGCUCACGAUUUUGUUUUACUUUGAUCAUAACGUGUCAUCGCUUGUAUGCCAAGGUCGCGAGUUCCCGCUCAAGAAGCCGGCGGCUUUCCACUGGGAUUUCUUCUUGUUGGGAAUAUGUACUGGUAUUGCAGGAAUAUUGGGAAUCCCGGCUCCCAACGGUCUGAUUCCGCAAGCACCGUUUCAUACGAUAUCCUUGUGCGUAGUCAAGGAUAGACGGGUUGGAUCAGCGGCGGACGACGACGACGACAGUCACCGGAUAGAAGACGGGAUAGAUGACGACGACAGCGGCAGUGAUAAAUUUGAGUCGGUGGUAGUCAAAGUGAUUGAGCAGCGAGUCAGCAAUUUUGCCCACGGCCUAAUGAUCCUGGGCACGAUGUCGCGACCACUGUUGGUCGUUCUGGGACUUGUGCCUCAAGCUGUUCUUGCGGGGCUGUUUUGGAUUAUGGGCCUUGGUGCGCUUCAAUCAAACGGCGUUAUUCAGAAACUAUACUUCAUUUUCAAAGACCGUUCGCUAACCCCACGAAGCGAUCCCCUCCGCCGCGUACGCAAACGCUCGCUCUACCUAUUCGUCGCCUUUGAACUCAUCGCGUUCGGCGCAACGUUCGCAAUCACGCAAACCAUAGCUGCCGUCGGGUUUCCCGCGAUCCUACUCGGCUUUGCUGCGUUUGCCAUUCUUUUACCGCGAAUAUUCGAGCAGAGUGAACUCGAAAUCCUGGAUAGCGCGACGGCGUCCGAGUUUACUAUGCAGAGCGUCACCGGCGGCGGCGGUGGUGGUAGACCGAGCGAUAGUAGCAACAGCAGCAGCGGCGGAGGUAGUAGGGAGUGUGAUAUAGACGACUAUGCGGAUGUAAGGCGACAGAGCGAGAAGGACGCGCCGGUGAGGAACGAUCGAAGUACGGAUGCGGAACUCAGUCUAAGCGUUGCGGACGCGAUAGAGAGAGGGAAGCGUAGUACUAUUGCGCGACGGCGCAAAUCGAGAAGUGAUGGAUAACGGAUCUGACUUCCAUCGGCGCUUCAUAUUAUUUUUGUGAUGUUUGGGUUUUGAUUGUAUCUCGCCACUCCCCAGACUGUGUUUAAAUCAUCGGAAAUACGGGGUGAGGAGCGGGCGGAGUGAAGAAAGAGUGGUGAGCAUUCUGGAUUUGUAUAUAUACAGCUUAUAUACAGCUCAUCUUGGUUAUCACACCUACCGAUUGCAGAUUUGCGGGUGGGUUGAAAAGAUGGCUUGGCUUUAACAGUUAACGAGUUC